GGGGGGUGGAAGGACGAGGUCACGUGACGCGGCCCGCGCGUGCUUGUGUGCUGGAGACGCUGACGGAGGCGGCCACGGCGAUGUUGACCGGUUCGUGUGCCCACAGUCGAGGAGCUUUUGCGGUUUGAGAUUAGCGUUGGGCAAGGCUAAAGCUCUCGCUGAAUUGAAACGCGCUCACGUGCGGGGAACCAAGCACGAGUUGGUGGCGACGACGGCGACGGUGUCCGCCCGUGACUGCAGCUGAAUGGCGUUCAUGAUGAAGAAGAAGCGAUAUCGCUUCCAGGUGGUUCUCGAGCUCGACGAGCUCUCGCACAUUCCCUUCCUCAACGCCGUGCUCUUCUGCAAGCUGAGGCUGCUCGACGGCGGAAACUUCACGGACUACUCUUCCAGGGAGGAGGUUCGUGAGAACUGUGUUCGGUGGAAGAAGAAGUUUGAGUUCGUGUGCAAGAUGACGGCCAGCCCUACCAGUGGAGUUCUGGACCAUUGUGUGUGCCGCGUGUCCAUCCGCAAGGAACUUAAAGGAGGGAAGGCAUACAGCAAGUUGGGUUUUGCCGACCUGAAUAUGGCAGAGUUUGCCGGCUCGCGCUGCACAACGCGCCGCUGCCUUCUCGAGGGAUACGACACCAAGAACGCACGGCAGGACAACUCCAUUCUCAAGGUCAUUAUUGGGAUGACUCUACUGUCUGGAGACCCUUGCUUCAAAACGCCUCCGGCACCCAUGCCGCUGUCAGUAUCCGGAGAGGAUUCCGGCACGCUGCAGCUGGAGAGCAAGGGCCCUGGCGAUGAUGGUAGCAGCACCCCGGGCUCCUUGGCGCAACGGCAGAGCAAGAGUCGGCCCAGCGUGUUGCCUACAGCAGGAAAGUGGUUGAAGAAUAAAGAUCUUGCCAAAAUGAAUAUGUUGUGUGCAGAUGAACCCUUUCAAGCGGGACAUGUCCGCAGCUCCAGCUCUGCCAGCCAGCAUUCCCGAAUCUCAGCAGGGUACAGCACGGAGCACUCGCGCGCCUCCAGCCUAGGCGACCUCACACACCGGCGCAACACAUCCGGCGACAGCAGCGCGUCCACGGGCAUCGGCAGCAUGCCAGACAGCAUCAACCAGGAGCGAGUGAAGCCACCGCGGCCCCCGCAGCCCGCCGACAGGUACAGCCGCAAGGACUCUGUGGAGAACGAGCUGAAGCGGUUUGACGCCACGAGGGUGGACGCGGACGACAUCGUGGAGCAGAUCCUGCAGACACAGGACUUCACGGCUGAUCCCAACACAGAAGAUGAGGGCCUCAGGCUGUUUGUGAAGAGGGAUGGAACCACGGGGCUGAAAUAAUAAAAAAAGGAUCCAGCCAAGAAGAAAACACGUGCAGCAAAAUGUCCACGUUGGUCACGCUCUGGAGUGUACAUAAUACGCCUGGGGCCAGUGACGUUAGUCUUGGAGAGACGAUGCUUGUGGAGCAUCGUGGCGUGGCGGCGGUUGCUGCGUGCUAAGCAUCAUCCUGCUCAGACGACUACGUAGGCCCUGGCAUAAUGGGGGCAUUGAUACAAAUGUUGAGCCACCACAUCAAAUGAACAAAAAUAGCACGAGAUAACUUGAAUGCCACUUUAUUGUACAAACUGAGCCUGCCGGAGUUUUUAUUUUUUGUUCAAUUUUUAUGUUAGCCUUUCAAUCUUCCUGCUUCCGAUGACAUCCAUAAAGUUAAUUGCAUUACUGAGCUCUUCAUGCAGCACAAAUUACAACUGUAUUGGGCGUCGUGUGUGCUGUUGGCACAGAAAAGGCCAGAGUCGGCUCACUUUUGUUGCUCACAAAGGAGCUAAAGUGACUCCUUGAAUCCCUAAUCGAAUGCUGCAUGUUUUUUUUUAAUUAAAACAUUGUGGAAUGAUGUUUACCGUUCGCCGCACCAUUGCUUAGUUGUAAGCUGCACACGGUCGAUAUGAGUAUUUACAAUGUGUGUGCAUUUUAGUUUUUCAAGUGGUGCUGUGUUGUCACGUGCUGCGGGAAACGUCAACAAAUUCGAUGUGUCAGAUUAUCCUGAUUGUGCUUUUAGAGUCAUCGGCAAAGCGCGAGCGCAUCGGUGACCGUGACGACAUGGCUUUGUUUAGCGAGUCGAGUAAUUUUGCAGGUGUGGCUUUUAUAUGACUUACAAAUAUGAUUUCUGAAUGAUGGACACAGGAAAAAUCUGAUUUGUUAAACCUUGACUGUAAUUCCACCUCGUGUUGCAGUAUUAUGAAUAUGAAACAAUUGACUAGUUGUUAUGAUGUGCAAAUGCUUUUACAAUUAAAACGUGUUGGGAUUCCUCCCUAUAAAACUGCAUCAACAACAGAUUUGUGUAUGUCCUGAUAAUGGAAUCAAUGUAUUUUUGCCUAAUCACUUAUAUUUUCAUUUUAUUACUACGAUAUUUUUUCAACAAUCGUGAUCGUCUUGACAUUCUUAAGCUGAUAGCUGAAAUGUUAAGUAUUUUUUUAAGUAGCUUGUGAACAUCGUAUAACGCAUUGUAUAGCUGUGGGUACACUGCACAUUUGUUGGCACAAUUCACGGCUUGUGAUCCGGUCAAGGGGCGAGCAACAUUUGAAAAUGUCUUUGAAAUUAGAACAUUCAAAUUAUAACCACGCCAUUGUUCUUUAUCUCACUUAGUAUAAUGAUUAAACUUGGUACAACUUGUCUUACUGGCUGAGGCACUGAUAUGAAUAGCAGUAGAAAUAGCCCGAGAAGUUCAGUUUUGGCUGAUUGAAUACAAUUGCAGUGUUGACCGGAUCUCGAGCUGUUUGCGUGUGCCAACUUAGCAUCAUGUGUCUUGGGAUUCAUGAUUAAUUUUAUAUUUCUGCCAUGUGACCAGCGGGCUGGUUGCCUCUUUCUGGAAAAUGUAGUUGUUUUUUUUGUUUACUUGAUGUACGUACGUACCUUCCUUAGCUAGUAGUGAAAUGUUUUUUUUGCAGUCUUAUAAAAUUCAGGUUUGAAUAAAAAAACAAACAAAAACUCGAGCAUAGUUUCUUUUCCUCCCAAACUCGGUGAAAAUCCUGUCUUCCCAAGGUUGCUAAGUGCGAUUUGCACUCGGCAAGGGUCCGUUUGAGUUGACAAUAAAUCUGGCACCUUCCCAGCCUGUGGAAGACAUGGGAGGUUAUGCCAUUUUUGUUGGUGAUUUGGAGUAAUUUUUGGGGGAUUUUUUUUUUACAACUUUGGACUUUGCUGAACCAAAAUUAUUUGGGACACAUUAACAGCUGACACUUGAGUGCAUGGUAUACAUUAAGUACACUCAUGAUGCAAACUAAAACAAUGAGCCAUGUCCCUGUUGGACAAGUGUUACAAUUUAAAUACUGGAAGACCACUAUUGUUUUGUCUAAAUCGUAGCCUAUUAUAGAAAUUGCUGCUCGUUGAGUUGUUUUGUAUUACAUGUAAUAAAACUUGCACACUAAAAUGACAAUACAUAACUACACAUUUCCAACUUUGCUAUUUUUAUGCGCAGACAUAAAAUGCACUCCAAACGCUCUUUUCCCAUUGUAAAAGAACUGUGUAUCCUGUCAAUGCUCGCGUAAAGUGUUUUGAAAUGUACAUGUUAUUGCGUGUUGCACCUUUCAUCGUGCCAUAGUGAAGCAUUGCCAGUGUCGGUUCUUUUGAGUGUUAUUUUUGCGAACAAGAAAAAAAUGGAACUUAUUCCCUGGUGUUUAAAAGAGCAUUUUUGCAUGGUCCAAAAUGCAUCGGCAUGUUAGUGUACGUUUCCAAAGGUCAACAUGUGUUUCCCUUUUUUUUGUAUAAAACAUUUAGAAUUUUCA